GUGAAAAAUAAUUUUUCUUUGCACAAAUUACGUGGUGGAAGAGAACAAGUCUUGGACAAAAUUUGGGGUUCAUCAGGGACAGACUGAUGGAGAAUUUCUGAUGGACUACUGGAGUAUUGUUCCAACCUCAGUACAGAUAUUUUAGAAGAAUGGCCGCACAAGUCAAUGCACUAGUAACAACAAUAGAUGAUGUUUAUGAUGUAUAUGGAACCUUGGAUGAACUUGAAUUUUUUACUGAUGCCUUUGAAAGAUGGGGUAUCAAUGCAACAGAGCAGCUCCUAGACUAUAUGAAGUUAUGCUUUUUUGCCCUGCACAACUCCAUGAACCAAAUUGCCUCGGACAUUUUUCAGGAACAAGGAAUAAACAUCCUUCCUUACUCAAAGAAAGCGUGGCUGGAGUUAUGUAAAACUUACUUGAUAGAGGCAAAAUGGUACCACCAAGGAUACACACCAUCUUUGCAAGAGUACAUUGAUAAUGCAAUCAUUUCAAUAUCAGCACCUUUAAUAUUGUUGCAUGCUUAUAUUCUUUCUUCAAAUCACAUAACAACUAAGGUCCUACAAUAUUUAGAGGAAGAAUUGCCCAGUAUAAUCCGUUGUUCAUCAAUGGUAUUCAGGCUUGCCGAUGAUUUGGGAACAUCACCGGAUGAAAUGAGAAGGGGUGAUGUUCUAAAAUCCAUUCAAUGUUACAUGCAUGAAACUAGAGUUCUAGAAGAAGAUGCUCAUGAACACAUACAAGAUUUGAUUGACAAAACAUGGAAGAAGAUGAACAAAAAUGAAUUUGAGCCCUUUCUCCUCCCUCAAACUUUGAUUGAAACUGCAAUAAACCUUGCAAGAAUGGCUCAAUUUAUGGACAAACAUGGAGAUGGCCAUAGCUCUCAAGAUGAUGUAAUGAGGCAUCGCAUAUUAUCAUUGCUCAUCAAUCCUAUCCCAUUGCCUCGCCCUUAGGAAUCACAUGUUACUGCCUAAGCUUAUGUAUUUUCAUUCUUAAAUUUUUAUGUCAAAUGUAUUUUAGGGGCUUAAACUGACAAACUUUCUGUAGUAAAGGGCUUUAAAUCUU